AUGAAGAAUUGUGCUCCUUUAACAGGUUCUGCAAACUCGGAAAGAAAGGGAGAGGUUGUUCAACUGAAACACGAAACCAAUGACACCGAUAAGUGCAAGGGAAAUUCUAUUGUCGUCUCACUGAUGGAAGUGCAUCGAGGAGAGAAGGGUGAAUCGAGAAGUCAAGCUAGUGGAAGGAAGAGAUCAAGUGGAAGCACCACUUCUGAUGGUAACUAUAUUGAGCAAUCAUAUGCUUAA